GCGGAGCUGCGCGUCAGGAGGAUGGCGCUGGGCAGCGGGCGCUUGGCCCACAAGUCGAGCGGGGCCUUCGGCGUGAGGGGCAGGCGCCGCGACGCCGCCAUCGUCUGCUGCGGCUGCGCCACGCAUUCCCCGACGGGGGUCAUCCUUCCCUGCGUGCUGCUGAGGAGGAGAAAAAGAACCGGUGUUAUCAAGUACCUGCUCCUGGCGCUCCACGGCUCCAACCGGUUCGAGCUGUCCUGUCAGUUCGAGCUGGACUACGAGCUGAAGGAGGACGUCAGGCUGUUCGGCGGCCCCUCGGUGCUGUGGAGGCACGCCGACAGGCUCUUCUACAUCGCCCCCGGCACCCGCGCGGUGCUAAGCGCUCCCGUCCAACUUUCUUCUGUUGUGUGGGCAGGUGAAAUUGAAGGGGAAGGCACUGUAGUCUUAGGGGUAAGAACCGCUCGCCUCCAAGAGGGCGAGGCUGAGGAUGAGUUCUCCACUUCGGACAGAGCCAUCUGGGGCACUGAGUUCUUUGGAUACGCGAUCGAAGCGCAAAAAAUGCUGGCUAGCACGUGCUUCAUGCCCCACGCGUACAGCAGAGUGGUAUCCUCUGUCCACGUCUGUAAGAGCGAGGUACUGAAAAAACAGCUCAGAACAUCAGUCGUUGCCGUCACCCACAAGAAUCAACUCAUCUGGUUCCAAGAUGGUCGCCCCAAAGGUGUUUGUGAGCUUCCUUAUGAGAAACCACGUGCAAUAAAAACAGCUGUAACCAGUGGCAAUCACUUGCUAUUUAUUGUGUCUUUUGCCUCUGGGAAUGUAUGUGUUGUACGGAGAGAGAACUUACAGGUUGCUUCCAAGUGGCAGAAGGUGAAGUCUGUUCUGGUAGAUGAUUUUGUUGGCUCUGGAACUGAGCAACUGUUGCUGCUUUUUGAGGAUGACUCCAAUGCAGACUUGUUAAAUACAUUCAAAAUAACGGAUUUGGGAAAAGUCAACUAUGAAAGUGGUAUUAAUUACAAAGAUGAUGUUCCUGCUGCAGAAGGAUUGCAAGAGAAUGGUUUGCUUACCAUCCAAGCUCUUGAGAAAAGAUUACAGGCUGGUCUUACUUCAGUUCGAGAGCUACAGCAACAUUUGGGCCUCAAAAAGAGGGUUCUUAUUGAAUCAUGCAGAGCAUUAAUAGAUCUUGUUGAAGAAAGAAGCCAUAUUCUCCCAACUGCAAAAAAGGAAGGUCUUGUCUCUCUCUGGGAUGAUGUAGAAAAUCCUCCUCAUUCUCUUAGUAAAGAGGCAUCAUUGACAUCGAAAGUUCCAGACCACUUUGUAGAGAAGUUGUGGCAGCGUGUUGUGGGUGAAAGCUUGGUAGUUGGAGUAAAACUAACUGAAUCAUUUUCCCUGUCACUGAGUGAUGUCAGUUUAUCUUUAGUGGUGGAUCAAGACUUCUCUUCAAUUUGUCCAAUUAUUGAGUGUCAGAAUAAAAUCAUUAAGCUGAACAAAGCCUUCUCAGCAUUAUCUGUUUCCUCGUGUCAAAUUGAGCCUCCACCGAAGAAGAUGAAAUUGGACUUGCAUAGCAAGAAUGAUCUGAAAAAAGAGGUUCAUAAGAAAUGUUCAAAGAUUCAUCUGGAAGGAGCGAAGACAGUCACUGCUGUUACCAGCCUUUCACCGUUAUUGGCAUUUCAUUGUGUAUGUUGUGUAGUUCUACUACAUGCAAAGAAAAAACAUCAGAAUGAUGGCUUACAGAUGAGCAAAAAGAUCACUUUACUCUGUGGGAAAAUUUUGUUAAGUCUGGAAGAUAUCUCAAAUGGAAGAUAUUCAGUAAAGGUGCUAAGGGACAAUAGCUACUGUACAGGUUCCAUGGAAGACAUACUUGCUGUCCUUGCAGCAUCUAUGAGAUUUUCCUUUCAGAUUCAGUCUUCUGACUUCACGUUGACUUCAGUAAAUUCAUGGUUACUUGGAGAAAUGGAGUGCACGCCAUUUAAAGAAUGCCAUGACCAUAUAUUCUGUCAUAAAACAGGAAACGUAUACGGUACAGUUUUUAACUGGACCCUGAAAAGUCCAUUUGAAGGAGUUCUAACGCUAUUUUGCAGAAGUCUGACAGUCUUAUUCCAGUGCCUUCAUAGCCUUACUAGAGUUCUCCCACCAAGCUGUGAUGUAAAACUCCUGAAAUCUGGAUGCAAAGGUGUACUUACUGAGCAGUUAGCGCUGGCUUUGGAAAAAGAAAUGCUCACCUCGUGGACUUUUCUCUCCUCAAAAGAAAGUAAAGCUGAAAACAGUUUGACGAGGCAGAAUGAGCCUUGCAAAAAUAUCAGUGACGCUCCUGUGACUUCUUUACUGGACAGUGAGGACAAAGUUCAGCAAUUCAGAAUGAAGCUUCAGAAGGAACGGGAAGAGAGUGUGCUAAAUAUGACUCAAACAAUGAGUGGUACCCUUUACCAGGAAAUGGCUUUGAAGAUAGCAGAAGCUCAGCUCAGUUCUGAUAUGAUUGUGUGGAGACUGAGCAAGUCCUAGAAACUAUUUAUUUUGAACAAAGUUUUAAUUAAAAAUAUAAUAUUAAAUAUUUAUAUUUUCAUAGAUACGUAUUCAUAUUGUUUUUUAUUCUAUAGUUAUUUCUAGAGAUAAGUUAAUUUGGUUGGUGACUUCUAGUUCAGCAAAAAUGAAUAUUCAAGAGUCAUUUUAUUACAGAUUUCUAAAAUACAUUAAGGUAUUUUCUAAUAAAUGCUAUUUCAAAGUUGUGAUUCUUGAUCUUGAAAUACAUUAGAAAAAAAUAGCAACCAAGUACUGUUUAAAAUAAUCCUAUUAAACUUAUAAGAUGACUGCUUAUACAGACAAUGCUAAGCUUUUUAGAAAUAUUAAGACUAAUCUAUAGAUAGAUCUAAGUUAAGCAAACAAUUCAUAAUUUGAGUAUGGGUUUUGACAAAUUCAAAACAGCAACAGCCUAUUUUCAUGAUAGAUCCAGUCUUUUAAAUAACUUCGAUUUAGUGAUAGCUCUUAAGGAAGAAAUCUCUGACCGUAUCUUGCAGACCAAUUUUUCAAGAGGCCACCAUUAGAUCUGAGACAGUUUGGAGAACUUAUUUGAGCUGGAGAAACUAGAUCAGGCCUUCUACAAAAUUUCAAGUAAUCCUGAAUAUUCACCCUGUAAUAAAAUGCUUUUAGAUUUGAGAGGUCCAUUCCCAUCCAGAAGUCUGUCAUAGGGCUAAUUUGGUGGUAAAUCCUAGAUGAAAUUGUCCUUCCUUGGAUCUUAGUCCAGUUUCAAAGAUACAAGAUUGGUUUGCUUGUUCCCUCAGUUGUAAAUGAUUAUCUGCUGAUACUA